AACACGAGAGGGUGGUUCGCCUGGCGCUGGAAAAACACCCGUUGUGGUUGUACUGGGCUGAAAAGAUUGCAACACAGACUGACCUGUUGCUGCCUCUCAGAUGUGAUCUCACUGAUGUCUCACUGUGUGGUUCAGAGGAGGAGCACUGACCUGAGCGAGACUCUACAUGUACAGAGGAUCAGAUAUAGCCUGCCUGUUGAUCUUCUAUAAGUAACAAUUAAAGACUGGACUAAUGGAGGAUCUAAGGCAGAAGAUGGGGGCCAUGUCACAGACAAUAUGCCCAAGUUCACGGGCUCCAUCUGACGAGGACUUAAAGGCCCCGAGUAAUGGGAAAGGAGAGAAAAUGCAGAUGAAGAGAGAAAUCUCCCUGAUUAAUGGAAUCUGCCUCAUUGUUGGCAACAUGAUCGGCUCUGGGAUCUUUAUCUCGCCGAAGGGUGUGCUCCUGUACAGCUCCUCUUACGGCCUGUCACUGGUGAUCUGGGCUGUUGGAGGCAUCUUCUCAGUGUUUGGGGCUUUGUGCUACGCAGAGCUCGGCACCACCAUUGUCAAGUCUGGGGCCAGCUACGCCUACAUCCUGGAGUCCUUUGGAGGCUUCCUCGCUUUCAUCCGUCUAUGGACGUCCAUCCUGCUGAUCGAGCCGGCCAGCCAGGCUGUGAUAUCGCUGACCUUCGCCAACUACUUGCUGGAGGCUUUCUACCCAACCUGCCAGCAGCCGUACGAUGCUGUCCGGCUUAUCGCUGCAGCCUGCCUCUGUAUGCUCAUCUUUAUUAACUGUGCCUAUGUGAAGUGGGGGACUCUGGUCCAGGACAUUUUCACUUACACCAAACUCAUGGCGCUCUGCCUCAUCAUCGUUGUAGGAUUAAUCAAAAUAUCUGCUGGAGAAACAAAGAGCUUCGACAGUCCGUUUGAAGGCUCCUCCACGGAUCCUGGAGCCAUCGCUUUGGCCCUCUACUCAGCUUUGUUCUCCUACUCCGGCUGGGAUACACUCAACUUUGUCACUGAGGAGAUUAAGAACCCAGAGAGGAACCUGCCCCUGGCCAUUGCCAUUUCCAUGCCCAUAGUCACCAUCAUCUACCUGCUGACAAACGUGGCGUAUUAUGUGGUUCUGGACAUGCCGUCUCUGCUGGCCAGUGACGCGGUCGCUGUGACAUUUGGGAAUGCCGUCCUGGGGCCGUUCAAGUGGAUCAUCCCUGUUUCAGUGGCCAUGUCCUGCUAUGGAGGACUCAAUGCUUCUGUCAUCGCUGCUUCAAGGUUGUUUUACGUCGGAGCCAGAGAGGGCCACCUCCCCAACAGUCUGAGUCUGAUCCACCUGAAGCGCUACACGCCCUUACCUGCACUGCUGUUCAAUGGAUUAAUGGGUCUGAUCUUCCUGUGUGUGGAGGACGUGUUCCAGCUCAUCAACUACUUCAGCUUCAGUUACUGGCUUUAUGUGGGUCUGUCUGUGGCCGGCCUCAUCUACCUGCGCAUCACUCAGCCAGACCGACACCGACCUGUGAAGCUGUCCUUGUUCUUCCCCUUCAUCUACUGUUUGUGCAGCCUGUUCUUAGUCAUCGUCCCUCUGUACGGAGACACCAUCAACUCCCUCAUAGGAAUUGGCAUUGCACUGUCUGGGGUGCCGGUGUACUAUGUGGCCAUUUACCUGCCUGACGACAGAAGGCCUAAAUUCAUACGCAAGUUAAACGCCUUUGCCACCAGAUACACCCAGAUGCUGCUCUACUGCUGCCUGACUGAAUUUGACACUGCACCAGACGCACAAACGGGCGGCAAAACACAAUGAGCUGAAGACAAUCCUUCUCCCAAUGGCCAGCUUCCCACUGGAGGCCUCAGUCUUGACCAUGGGUUGACGUUCAUUGCUCCCUGAAUGCAAACAAACAAAAAACAAGGCCUUGCAUGGACAGAGCGGUGAAGCGCAGGCUCGCAACAUUUGUGAGGAUUACUUUCUCCCAGGUCAAGUUAAAAAAAGGCCUGACAUCUCAAAUGACUCACCAUGAAGGAGCAGGCACUUAAGAAACUGCAAACUGUUGCUUCUUUUUUAAAAUGCAAUACACCUUUCUUUUUCUUUCUUUCUUUUUUUUUUUUUUUUUACAGAGAUCACUGAAUAUCUAAAGAAAUAUGGAGCUCACUUUUUUUUAGACUUGUGUGAAGAUGUAAAUUACUUUUCUGUCUGACAGUGUUUAAAAAAAUACAGAAAGUAAUGAUUAUGUGGCUGGACUUCAAUCAGUGUGUCCAGGGCUAUUUAUAGAGUUUGAUUACAUGUAUAUGUGAAUGACUGUGCAAAUAUAAAACACCAUAAAAUUGUUAAUUUCAAAAAUAUUCUGGGAUUGGUUUCUGAGCGACUUCACUAUGAGCCAGUCAAAAUUGAAGGGUAACUCUGGUAUUUUUCAACCAGGACUCAAUUCUUCCAUCUCAUGGUGUCUAAGUAAAUAAUAGAAACAACAUUAUUUUUAAUUGUACCAGUAUUGAGAGAGAGAGGGUUACAACUGGUAGCAGCGAAACAGCCCAGCUGGCAUUUUAACAUCAUACACCAUGUUUGAAUCACUGUUGAAUUAUGUUUUGAUAUUGAAAGAUGAAUCACAUUGAUUUCACAAUGUUAUUUCAUAAACUUUAAAAAUUGUUUCAAAAUUGUUUCAACGUUGAAACAGGUCUUUUUGAAAUUUCAAUGCUGAUUUACUCUGAAGGUCAUGUACCAGCUGGGAGGAUGCAAUGUUAUCCCUGCAAGUAACUUAACACCGUCAGUUUCCGUCCACUAAAAAGUGUUUGUUUUUGCCACUGACAGGCAGUGUCUGACAACAUUAUGGGAAGGAUCCCUACAGAGAUAGACCUUUUUAUUUAACCAGAAACAGCUCCAAAGUCUCUAUUGCCAAACCCACCAGACUCCAUUUAAAAAAAAUAGUAAUUUUAUCUUAAAACACAUUUCAUUCAAAGUCAACAGAAACAAAAUAAAACUCACAGAAAUUGUCUUGGUUCUUCUUUCCACUGGUCCAACAUUCACCAACUUUGGUUUGGUUGAAAUGAACCCUUAAUUCACCCAGUUAGAUGUGAAAAUAUGUUGGUUCUAUACACCUUUAAAUUACUAUUUAUUUAAAUGGAGUCUGGUGGGUUUGACAUGAGCAGUUUCAGCACUGUUUCUGGUCAAACAAAAAGAAUCUUACUGUUCACUAUAAAGGUCUAUCUCUGUCGGGAUCCUCUCCAUCAUGUUGUCUCGCUCAAUGAUUGACAAAUUGUUAAAAACAAAAAAACUAUUGUCUCCAUGAGGGACUUUGACACAAAAACAUGGGAAAAAAAUUGUCCAAGUUGUACCAAUACUGAAGUUACCCUUUAAGUCUGUUGUUUAAGGGUUAUUAUCCUUCCCUUAAAAUGGUUGUUUUCAAUAUUAUUACUUGAAUACAGCUUCAUAAUCACUG